AUGGAAAUUGACACGUCGCCGGGUGACCUGCCCAUCCCUCUCCCCGAGUUCAGCGCGUCGUUUCCCCUCCCAUUCCGCGUCCUCUUCCUAAUCGGCCUCGCCAUUCUGCUCUGGGCAGUCAACCUCCACGUCCUCUCUCUCCUUGGGCUCGACGUCUCUUGGGCUCUCGACAUCAGAGAUGGCGACGAUACAGUAUUUGACGACGCGCCCCACCAACCCUCGCACGUUCCGAGUCAGUUCCUUUACGGCCCAGUCUACAAGCUGUUUAUAGGCUACACGGCAUGGUGUGUCGCCGGAUACACAUUGUUUAGGGCGAUAUGCGGCGACGACACGGACUCUAUGGAACGGUGGCGUGGUCUCGUCGGCGUCAUCUGCGUCAUCCCGUUCGUGGCUACCCUCGCGCCCAUUCGUGGAUUGGGGUAUCGCGAGCGACGAGCGUUACGCCACGCGCUGGUGCGCUGCUUCAAUCCGCCAGCGCGCGACCCGAUCUUCUUCUGCGACGUCAUCCUCGCCGAUAUCCUCACGAGUUUUGCCAAGGUCCUCGGCGACCUGUUAGUCAGCGCCAACCAGAUUGUCUUCGGCGGCAUCUCGCAUGGGAGGCAAGUCCCGCACGGCGCAACAAAAUGGCUCGUCCUCGGCAUGGUGUGCCUACCAUACGUUAUCCGGUUCCGACAGUGCAUGGUCGAGUUCUACCACUCGGGGUGGAAGAGCAUGCGCCCCUUCGCCAACGCGUGCAAGUACGCGUCGGCGUUUCCCGUCAUCUUCCUCAGUGCGGUGCAGAAGAACGUCGUCACAGAAGUCGCCGCCGCAAAGGGGAUGAGUGUGGCUGAGCUGAGCGCCACCGGUCGCUGGUUUGGCGAGCACCGUCUCUUCCGCCUCUGGCUGCUAGCGGUGGUGGUAAACUCCUUGUUCUCGUUUUACUGGGACGUGCAGAAGGAUUGGGGGUUGACUCUCCUCCAGCUCGACACCUGGACGCCUUCGCGCGGCGAAUAUGCGCCAACUCACGCCCGCUCCCUCUCUCAACCACAAGGGUUGUGGGCCCGCUUCACCUCCGGACACCAGCUGUCCCCCCUCCCCACACCGGGCGGAUACGACAGCCGCUCCAACAGCCCGACGCGCCAGACAACACACUGGGGCCUCCGGCCGACGCUCCUCCUCCCCGAUCCCGCGGUCUACUACCUUUUCACCGUGCUGGACUUUGUGCUCCGCUUGACUUGGAGCCUCGAGCUCUCGUCGCACCUGCACGUGAUUUCGGAUAUCGAGAGCGGCGUCUUCCUCCUGGAGGCGCUUGAGCUCGUGCGUCGCUGGAUGUGGGUGUUCAUCCGUGUCGAGUGGGAGACGGUGCGUAUGGGCGAGAUGACGAGGUUCCGCGCGCCGGGACAUGUCGAGCGCACAGCCGUGCUAUGGGACGACAAGGACGCGCAGCGCGAAGAUUAG